CUCUCCCUGCUUUCGCGUUCGCGAGAGUUCCCAGUUCCCGUGCGCUGCAUUCUCACCCUCUUCGCCGGAGCAGUUCUUCUGGGUAUACUCGGAAAAGGCGAAUCAAGCACAGGUUUCAUCUACAAAUCCAAGGAAAAAUAGCAGCGUGGAUGUUUUAAUGGAGACCAAAGGUGGGAAAAAGAGUAGUAGUAGCAGUAAUAGUAGUUCUAGUUCGUUGCACUACGAAGUCCCCCUCGGUUACUGCAUUGAAGACAUCCGUCCCAACGGUGGCGUUGAGAAGUUCCGAUCUGCUGCUUACUCCGACUGCCUGAGGAAGCCGCAAAUGGCCGUUUUAGACCAACCCAUGAACGACCCACCGCCGCCCCACUCGCCGAUCGGCUUCGAGGGCUUCGAGAAGCGCCUCGAGAUCACCUUCUCCCCGCCGCCCCUCUUCGCCGACCCCUCCGGCCUCGGCCUCCGCCGCCUGACCCGCGCCCAGCUCGACUCCAUCCUGGAGCCGGCCCGCUGCACCAUCGUGUCCCAGCUCUCCAGCGCCGACCUCGACUCCUACGUCCUCUCCGAGUCGAGCCUCUUCGUCUACCCUCUCAAGAUCAUCCUCAAGACGUGCGGGACCACGAGGCUGCUCUCCUCCAUCAAGCCCAUCCUCCAGCUCGCCGAGCCUCUCGCGCUCACCGUCGACUCGGUCAAGUACUCGCGCGGCACCUUCAUCUUCCCCGACGCCCAGCCCGCCCCGUACCGCAACUUCGCCGACGAGGUCGAGGUCCUGAACGGCUUUUUCGGUGGACUGCUCGCCGAGGCGUACGUGAUCGGCGACCCGAGGGUCCCGAACCGCAGCUGGCACGUUUACUCGGCCGCACGCCGCCGCUCGGCUCCGCCGGCGGCGACGGAGGACGACGGGGCGGGCGGGAUCACCCUGGAAAUGUGCAUGACGGGGCUGGACGAGAGCAAGGCGUCCGUGUUCUUCAAGAAGCCCGGGGUGGACCCAGACCACUCGGCGAGGCAGAUGACGAAGCUGUCCGGGAUAUCGGAGAUCAUCCCUGGCCACACGAUCUGCGACUUUGACUUUGACCCGUGCGGGUACUCGAUGAACGGGAUCGAGGGCGCAGCGUUCUCCACCGUGCACGUGACCCCAGAGAACGGGUUCAGCUACGCCAGCUACGAGGCCAUGGGGAUUGACCCGGAGUCCGUGAAGUUUGACGCGCUGGUCACGGUGCUGAGGUGCUUCGGGCCCACCGAGUUCUCCGUCGCCGUCACGUGCGGCGGCGGUGGCGCCCGGGCCCACAUCCUCUGGGCUGCCGCCGCGGCGGGCGUGGAGGGCUACACGCUCGAGAGGGCAGUGCAGCAGGCCCUCCCCGGCGGCGCGUGCUUGGUGUACCUGACGUACGCGAAAGAAGAAGGCGGCGCCGGCAGACGUUGCGCGGCCCGUGCACCCAUGAAGUCACCGGCGAAGCAGUGCUGCUGGAAGGAGAUGGCGGCAGAGGAAGUGGAGGGCGCAGCGGCGGCCGGCGACGGAGUGGCGGCGAGGCCCUGCAUGGCUCCUGCUCUGGCCGGAAUUACUAGCCAGUGAACAGAACACCUAUUAGUUCAUGUUUGCAGCGUGUUAGCGCUUGUUUGGUUUGUCAAUCGGUCAUGUCGGGAUUUGUCCUUUUCCCUAGCGUCCUGAAUUUUCUUCCCCCAUGUUUCAACCUAAAUUCAUGGAAUAAUAAUGAUGUUUCCGGUCAUCUCAA